AAUGCUUCACGAUCGCUCUCUUCAAUAGCUCUCCGCUCUCCGUCUGAUUCGCGCUUUGCGCGAGUGUAAGCAUCCACGUGUGUGUAUAUAUGUGUGUGUAUGUGUGUAUGUGUGUGCGAGUGAUCGUGAGUGCUGUGAGUUGAGACGCAUGAACAAAAAGUUUGUGCUUGAUAGUCGGGGAAUCGAACUCAAAAGAGCGACAACGCGCGGACUGCGGUUUUGAAUGUUUGUUUUGUUUUUUCGACAAUUUUGUCGUGAUCAAUUUUGCGCGGGCACCGCUCGGUUCGUUCGAAAAUCCUGACAGCUUACAUCUCUAAUAAUCUAUAAUGUUCGGCUACGCGACGUGACAAUUAAUGCUACUAACGGGGCAGCGGGCACGGCACCGUCGAAAUUCAAUUAACAAAAUAAGCAAAGCACCCAAAAUAUCAACAUAAUAGAAACAUAAUUAGCUAUUAGCCCCGUACCGAGCGCGACAACACCGCCAAGACCGCUCGACCAAGCCACGUUUGCUGCAAACAAAAUUCGGCCACAAAUUCGCACAUUGUUGCACGUGCUUCGCUGGUGGUUGAUUGACGACUGACAACUCUAGGCCCAGCGACAGCCCGCCAUGUUGACGGAGUCGGCAAUGGCAGCAGCCGAAGUCCAUCAGCUGCUCCGCAAGGCCGACGUGGAGGCUACAUCUCUGCCAAAGAUGGACGCUACUUCCAGGCUAUGCCCCGAACACACAGAGGUCCCUGCGAUGCGAUUGGGCCGCGCAGGCGCCGAUCUCGAUGUGGAUGUCGACGACAGUGUCCUGCGGUAUUCACUCAAAGGCAAUCCGCCGGAACUCUACUCACCCAAAAAGGAAUUCAUCUACACGCACGCGCUGGUCGAGAAACAGCUUGUGCUGAAGAAGACCUGCGAAUGGUGGUUCUACAAGCAUAAAAAUAUCCGCAACAUGUCUACACACUGGCGCCAGCACACUCUCAUAUGGUUCAGCGUGGUAGCGCUGAGCCUGUUCGGCGUGUUAAUCUUCUUCUUUUGCGGCACGCAGAGCGAUAGCAGUCCCGCACGCUUAUACGAGGUAGACGAGCACUUUCUAAACGAUACGAUUAUUAUCAACAAGAGCGAUGAACGCGAUAUUGAAAACGGCGACAAAUUCGACAACAUACAGUACAUGGACGACGACAAUCUGAGCGGCUUUGUGACGCCCCAAAAGAUACACAACAUUAGUCUCAAUGCCGAGGACAUGCUAUACGAAUCGAAGCGACAGAGCAGCAGCGGCGGCAACAGCAGCCUGAGGGACACGACUUCUGCGUUCAGCAUGACGGGCACGUUCCGCAGCGAGUCCAGCCAGAUUUGGGAUCCGCAUCCGGAAUACUUGUUGCACGUAUUUGGUAAGGUGCUACAUCUCAUGCUGCAUCAGGACACCUCAUUCAUACCAUCGAACACAUUUCGAGUGAUACGCAUACUCAACAAUCGCACCGAGGAAUCGAAUCAUGACCAGGAGGAGGAGAGCGGACACUUUCUGGGCUGCUAUUAUAAAGGCUACAUUGACGGCGAUAAUCAAUCUGCAGUUGCCGUCUCUCUCUGCGGUGGCAUGACCGGUUAUAUAAAAACCAGUUUCGGCACAAUGCUCAUUCAGCCGGUCAACCAGACGGACGGCGACCAGAUUUUGCAUCGGGUCUGGCGGAAUUCGCAGCGCAGUCCUAGACACGCUGUCUCCGAUUUUGAUCUAGAGCUCGAGGCGCUCGACAUGGCGGCUAGUAUGCGACCACGUCUCACGCGACAGAAGCGCCACUUUCCGAAUCUGGACAAUCAAGUCUACACGCUUGAGGUGCUCAUUGCCGUUGACAACACCAUGGUCGAGUUCCACGGCGGAGACCUUAAGUCCUAUAUUCUCACGCUAUUCUCGAUCGUAUCGAAUAUCUUUGCGGAUGCCAGCAUUGGUUACUCCAUAAAGCUGUCACUGCUCAAUCUGCUGGAGUUCUCCUCGGAGGCGCGCAACGGGCCUGAUCGUGCCAGCUCCACCAACGAGAAACUCAAUAGCUUCUGUUCAGAUCUAACCAGAAGGGGCUAUCACUACGACACCAGCAUACUUAUCACGCGCGAUAAGAUUUGCAGCAAUGAGCGUGACGAGCGCUGCAGGACCCUGGGCCUGGCCGAGCUGGGCACUCUGUGUAAGGCUCGCUCCUGCUCCAUUGUUCAGGAUAACGGCCUGGCUGCCGCCUUUACGAUUGCCCACGAACUGGGCCACAUCUUUAAUAUGCCACACGAUGAUGACGACCGUUGCAAGCCAUACAAUAUGAAGUCGGGCACACUGCACAUCAUGUCCAGCGUCAUGGGCGAUAACAUGUAUCCGUGGUCAUGGUCCAAGUGCUCGCAGCACUAUGUCUCCGAAUUUCUCGAAAAAAUGGACAAGUCCUGCCUGGAGAACACGCCAUCCAAGUCCAUGAAAGAAGAGAGCACGAAGCAGCCUGGUGAGAUUUAUUCGCUGGACCAUCAGUGUCGUCUGAUACAUGGCAACCAGAGUACCCAUUGCUUCUCGGAGGUGGAGUGCAAGAAGCUUUUCUGCAACGCCAAUACGCAUCCCAAUGGACUCUGCCGUUCCAGCAACUUGCCCUGGGCAGAUGGCACGCCCUGUAACAGCAAUAGCAACAACAGGUUUUGGUGUCAGAAAGGUAAGUGUGUGCCACGUUCGGGCAGUGCUCUACACAUGGUGCACGGCGGUUGGGGUCCUUGGGACGCCUUUACGCCCUGUAGCUUGACGUGCGGCGGCGGUGUACAGCACUCACGCCGUGAGUGCAACAAUCCACAGCCCGAAAACGGUGGCAAGUAUUGUGUGGGCAGCCGCAAGAAGUAUCGCUCCUGCAACACGCACAGCUGUCCCCCAGGCACCGUCGAGCCUCGCGAGCAGCAGUGCUACGAUAUGUACGGCAAAAAGAAGAUACCGGGCGUCAGUCCAUCCUCCAAAUGGAUACCGAAAUAUGGACUGAACACCCACGAGUUGGACAAGUGCAAAUUGUAUUGUCGCAUAGAAGAUAACACCGCCUACUUUCUGCUGAAGGAUGUAGUCACAGAUGGCACCAACUGCAACGUGGACAGCUUUGACAAGUGCGUCAAUGGCAUCUGCCGGCCGGCUGGCUGCGACAAUGAACUCAACUCCAUUGCCAAGCUAGACAAAUGCGGCGUCUGCGAGGGACGCAACGAUACGUGCGAGGAAUACACCGGAAACGUGAAAGUCUCAGAUUUGCUGAAGCAAAAGAAGCUCUCACAGAGCCUCUUCUACGUCGCCACAAUACCAAAAGGUGCCUCGAAUAUUGUUAUCACGCAACCCGGUUAUCCCGAUCAGAACUACAUUGUUCUAAGCAACGACAACCAUGAUAACCUGCUGAAUAACGACAAAGUAGUAACGCCUUAUCCCAAGAAGACUACCUAUGCAGGCGUUACACUCGACUACAAUGGUUCCAACAGCACGGUGGAGCGCGUUAACUCCACCUACUCAUGGAAGCUGACGCGAGAUCUGAUAGUUAAGGUCAUUUCGAUUGAUCUGAGUGCUGCCAAGGAUCAGAAUACGGUACUUAUUUCGUACACCUACACUUUGGACAAGCCGUUCAUUGCGGAAGCUGAGGUGGAGAUCUAUCGCUGGCAAAUGCCCGCUUGGAGCAGUUGCGACUCUCUCUGCCAAGGCACAAUGCAUCGCCAGGCCACCUGCAUAAGCACCACGCAAGGUCUAAAGGUAGCUUCCCAGUUCUGCGAGGAGUCGGCUAAGCCAAAGGCGGAGUCACGCAGCUGCAACACGGAUUGCAUCCUAACAUUGAACACGACGAGCAUAUCGGAGUGCUCCGCGGCCUGUGGAGAGCUGGGCGUGCGCGAGAAGAACUUCAACUGCAUACAGACAUUCCCGGAUAUUCAGCGUACGAAUAUCGUGGACAUGUCCUUCUGUCAAGCCAAGUUCGAGAUUGUGCGCCACGAGGAGUGCCGCGAGGGUUGCUGGAACUACACGGAGUGGUCAACGUGCACCCAGACCUGUGGCACGGGCACCCAAGUGCGCGAGGUGCGCUGCUAUUUGAACCAUACGCCCGUCAGCGACGAGCUGUGCAAUCCGCGAACCAAAUACGCACUGAACAACCUGCUGCGCACGUGCAACAUGGAGCCCUGUCGCUUUUAUCCAGAUCAGAUGAUAAACCAACGCUCUGUGAUCGCCUGGGUGACGGGCGAGUGGGGCGAGUGCAGCGACUGGUGCAAAAUGAAUCGCACGGUGACCUGCUCGAACAGUUAUGGCGGCUACUGUCCAAAGGAUAGGAUGCCCAAGGCGGCGCGCAACUGUUGCCACAUCAAAUACGUUAGCGAAUGGGAGAAGUGCUCUGUGGAAUGUGGCUCGGGCAUAAAGCGCAGGCUGCAGAAAUGUGCCCGCGUCUACAAGUCAGAAGUGCGUGGCACGCCCAAGCGUCGGGAAUAUGUGGCCGACUCUUUCUGCAAGUCGUUAAACGUGCGGAAGCCAUCGCUGCGCAAGUCCAGCAAGAAGUGCUACAUCAACUGCAAAUGGGAUGUGUCCGACUGGACGCGCUGCUCCAAGGACUGCACGGAGGAGUAUCAGACGAGAUAUGUGCACUGCGAGGCGUGGCCCGGCAACACGGUGGACGACAGGCAUUGCGAUGCCAAAAAGCGACCGCCCCACAGGAAAAUAUGCACCAACUGCGCCCGAAUGCGCACCAAGGUGACAAGAGCGUGCGAUUGCACGGGCUACGAGCAGCGACGCAACUACUACUAUGACUCGAAAAUGCGUAAGACCAGCAGGCUGACGAAGGUCAAGUGCACGCCGCCGCCCAGCUGCCGGAGACGAAGCAUCAGCGGCAACAACCAGUCGAAGACUGUGCAGGUGCGACGCGCACAGAGCUGCGCCGAUGUGCAGCAAAUGUAUGGCAUCUACAAGGAUGGCGAAUACACGCUGCAGGUGGGCUCACGGCAGGUGCGCAUCUACUGCCAUCAAAUGACCAGUCGGACGCCGCGAGAGUAUAUUACAGUGAAGCCGCAGGAGAACUAUUCCAUCUACUAUGAGUACAAGACGCGACUGAUCGACAGCUGUCCGCCAACGUCGAGGAGCCACGAGUAUGUGAACGAUCAGAACUCCGGACGAACGCACUUUGCCAAGCUGCGUCUGAACAUCAGCGACCUGAGGAUUAUCGAGAACGAUUUCGAGUUUUCCGAGUCGCGGGGUCAGCGCCAAGCGCUGGGAUCAGCUGGCGACUGCUACAAUCGCAACAUGAACUGCCCGCAAGGCGACUUUUCUAUCAGUGUGGAGCAUACGGGUUUUUCCCUGCGUCCGGGCACCGUGUGGAACACGUACGGCAGUCAUGCGAUCAUGCAUCGAGCCAGCGGGUUCAACACAACUUCGGCGUCACGACGUGCUUUUUGUGGUGGCUUUUGCGGGCGCUGUCACAUAUCGCCCGCGUCCGGACUCUAUGUGGACAUUCUGUGAUCAUGCGCCCACAGCAAUUGCAGAUAGAGCAUAUAGCUUGGACACCUUAUGCAAAAAACUUGCGCAGAAGAAUGCCUAGCGAGACUUCCCACGGCAACUUCACUUCUGCUUCGGUCCCUCAGCCGCACGUCUCGCAGAGCCCAAGAGCUAUAGACUUAGUGCCACAGAGCGAGAUGGCAGACCUAAGCAUCGCUUCCAGUGUGUUGCUCUCAGUGCGAUCAUUGAUAAUGUGUCAAAGAUCGGUAAGGCAUAUACGAAAUGAAUUGCUGUUAAGAGUCGGUCAAAGUUCAUUUUGUCGCGUUGUAUUCUCCUAUUUUUUAUUGUUGGUCAGGAGACCUAAGUCAUGGGGCGUUUACACAUAACAGGCCUCGAGUCUUGGGUGUUAUAACCAGCGGUAAGACCAGGGGAAGAGAGAGAGAGUGAGUGAGAGAGCGUGAGCGAGGCAAGGACUGAAGCGAAAUUGAAGUUAGUUCAUCAGAAGUGUCCCUAAAACAUUCUUGUGCAUAAAUUCUUUGUAUAAGGUGCCCAGCCUCUAUGCUCUAUGAUUGGUGCUGUAGCCCAAGUCGUUGGGCCUAAUGAAUCUUUGGUGCUUAUUUUAUGCGAAUCGAUUUUAAGGUCGCUCGACUCUAGUGCAUUUAAACAGUUUGUUUUGCCACACCUACUAUCUAAAUUGCACAAAACAUACAAAUUGAAUAGUAUUAAAACGAUUUACACGCAUGCUUAUACACUAACACACACACACACACGCACACGUACACUGGCAAUAUAUAUAGUUAGCUAGUUAAAUUACUAACGACCUUUAGGAUAUAAAAAAGAAACAAAACAACAAAAAGCAAAGUAUUUUCGAAUCUCAGUCGGGCAGUUUUCAACGCUGAGUAAUGCCCAUCUAAAUGUUAAAUUAAUCGGACCGUGAAUGGGUCUUUAAAUAUAUGAGUUGUCUCCGAUUAUGAGGACAAGAAACUGCCAACAAAAAACCUAAAGCUGCAUAAAAAAAAAAUAAAAAAAUAAAAAAAUACAAAAAAUUAGUAAAAGAAAAAAUUUAGCAUAUUUCAUUGCCAUUCAUAGAAAUUGUAAGAAAUUGUAAAUAUAGAAGCUAACACUAGACUACAAAGUUAAGUAAAACGAUAGUUCGUCAACUAAUUAUAUGAAAGCCUUUGUAAAAUGUUCUGGGCAUGAAAAUGUUUUAAGCUAAUGAUGUCAAUUGGCUUGUUAAUCAAAUUAACAGGCUAGCAGGAUGAUAUUUUAUUAAAAUCUAAGCAGGACUGGCUUGAAUUACCUAAUAUAUAUAUAUAAAUAUUAUCAUAUAUCUACAAAAAAUGUCUGCAUCAAAAACACACCAAAAAAACUAAAAAAAAUUAUAAUUUUUAUAUAAUAUUUUAUGAUAGCGUGGGAUCGAUCUUAAAAAGUCUUAAUUCCAAAUUGGAUUACCAUAAUUUCGUACGAUUUUAUUUGACUCGGGUAUACAGGAUGCUAUAUCCGAAGUUUCAAUAGAUUAGAGAAGCAACCUUUCGAUAUUCAAAUAUUCUUAACACUUUAAGUUAACUUAACAAAGUGCAAUGCCGCCUUAUACAAUAUUUGUAUAUCUAUGACUAACUUUAGUAAAGUAAUCAAUUGUAUGUACGAUUAUAUAUGUACUAUAUGUGUAUAUGUGUAUGUAUAUAUAUAAAUCUACUUAUACGUACGUACGUUAGCUUGCAACAAGAAUACUCAUACUUAGGAAUUUCGACACCCAAUCCAAAAAGCCAGAUACAGCAAAUCUAAGUCCCCCCAUACACGUGGACACGCUUCAAA